AUGCCACUCUCAAUUUUUAAGAAACUAGGGAUUGGCGAAGCACAACCCACUUUUGUUACUCUUCAGCUUGCUGACAGAACAAUUAAAUACCCAGAAGGAAAGAUUGAAGACAUUCUGGUAAAGGUUGACAACUUCAUAUUCUCAACUGACUUUAUUAUCUUGGACUAUGAAGCAGAUAGGGUGGUACCAAUUAACCUUGGAUGCCCCUUCUUAGCUACUGGGAAAGUUUUAAUUGACGUGCAUAAAAGAGAAUUAACUAUGCGCGAAGAUAAUCAAGAGGUGAAGUUUAAUGUGCUCAACGCAUUGAAGUUCUCAGAUAGUGAAGAUUGUCAACUAAACAGUAUUGAGUUGCCUGAAGAAGAGACCAAUUUAUGUGAGGUCCUCAGUUUGGAGAACCUGAAAGAAUCAGAGCCGCCAAGUCUGAGUGAGCGGCAGAAAAAACCAACGCAUCCAUCACUUGAGGAACCACCAGAACUCGAGUUAAAAUAG